AUGGCAACUACAGGAAAAAGACAUGCAAAAUCACAAUCAACAUAUGCAUUUGACAACACUGCAACCAAUGUUACCGCCUCUCAAAUGCGUAAUGCAUUGAACAACUUGGCCGAUACUGUUGAAAACCCAGAACAAAAGAACAGAUUCGAAAAUGAAAUGGACAAUUUCUUUUCUUUGUUCAGAAGAUAUUUGACAGAAAAAGCAUCUGGAUCCACUUUAGAUUGGGACAAAAUCAGAUCCCCAUCUUCUGACGAAGUUGUUGAAUAUGGUGACUUGAACAGCAGCAACACCUCUGCUAAUUUAUCCAAAUUGGCAGUUUUGAAAUUGAAUGGUGGUUUGGGUACUUCUAUGGGUUGUGUUGGUCCUAAAUCAGUCAUUGAAGUUAGAGAUGGCAACAAUUUCUUGGAUUUAGCCGUCAGACAAAUUGAACACUUGAACAGAAAGUAUGACGCAGACGUUCCAUUGUUGUUAAUGAACUCUUUCAACACUGAUGCUGACACCGCCAAAAUCAUCAAAAAGUACCAAAGCCACAGAAUUAGAGUGAAAACUUUUAAUCAAUCCAGAUUCCCAAGAAUUUACAAGGAUUCUUUGCUUCCAGUUCCAGAAUCUUUUGACGACUCUCUUGAAGCUUGGUAUCCACCAGGUCAUGGUGAUUUGUUUGAAGCUUUGGUUCAAUCUGGUGAGUUAGAUGCCUUGUUAGCUCAAGGAAGAGAAAUCUUAUUUGUUUCUAAUGGUGAUAACUUGGGUGCCACUGUUGACUCCAAGAUUUUAGAUCACAUGAUUGAAACUGGUGCUGAAUAUAUUAUGGAAUUGACCCCUAAAACCAGAGCUGAUGUUAAAGGGGGUACUUUAAUCAAUUACCAAGGUGAAGUAAGAUUAUUGGAAAUUGCUCAAGUUCCAAAAGAACACGUUGAAGAAUUCAAGAGUAUUAAAAAAUUCAAAUACUUUAACACUAAUAACUUGUGGAUCAACUUGAGAGCCAUCAAGAAAUUGGUUGAAGCAAAUGCUAUUGAAGUGGAAAUCAUUCCAAAUCAAAAGACCAUUUCUCAUGGCAAAUCAGAUAUCAAUGUGUUACAAUUAGAAACUGCCGUUGGUGCCGCCAUCAGACACUUUAAAGGUGCCCAUGGGGUUGUUGUUCCAAGAUCCAGAUUCUUACCAGUUAAAACUUGUUCUGAUUUGUUGCUAGUCAAGUCUGAUUUAUUCUAUUUAGAACACGGUGCCUUGGUGUUAGAUCCAACUAGAGAUGGGUUCUCUAAUCCAUUGAUUAAAUUGGGUUCCCAUUUCAAGAAAGUCAGCGGAUUCCAAUCUAGAAUUCCUUACAUUCCAAAGAUUUUGGAAUUGGAUCAUUUGACCAUUACAGGUAAUGUUACAAUUGGUAAAGGUGUUCAAUUGAAAGGAACAGUGAUUAUUGUUUGUAACGAUGGUGACAAAAUUGAUAUUCCAAAUGGUGCUAUCUUAGAAAAUGUUGUGGUUACUGGUAACUUAACUAUAUUGGAACAUUAA